GUCUUGUAAGGAGUGAGACUUGUUUCUAUAUCUUGUUCUGAUCUGCAAACUGUGUUGGUCCUCCUGUGGCUACAACAUAGUACCAUAUCUGAUCUCACUAAAUACUUCUUCACCUUGCCUCCCAUCCACAGCCUCUCAAGCUUUCUCCAUGUGUUGACAACCUUCUUGUUUCUCUGAGCUACCGAAGGGGAAGAUGAUUCUGGUGUUUUUACUUUGUUCAUGAGAGCAACAGAUGGAAAAACCAGUGGAGUCAAAGCCUUCAGAUUUCUAUGCUGAUGCUGUUGCAGGGUGUGUCUUCCAUUCUUCUUCUACUGUUCUGUUGCCGUUCACCUAUUUCUCUUUAAGAUUCAUAUAAAAACCCAAGAUGAUGAAGAUUAAACAAAAUGGGAUCAAAACUGCAUGGCAUCUGUGUUCAAGAACUGCUGUAAUGUAGUGGCCACAGAAUCUACAUCAAUAUAUUGCUGAAGGCAGGCCUCUGGUGUUGUCUGAAGCAGCUUUGCUCAUUCAUGGAGGAAUUUCUUGAGCAUUACAAUAGGGACUAUGUAAGGAAUACCAUGAUGAAGCAUCAAGAGAUCUUCAGACAUCAGAUAAAUGAACUUCAUCGGCUAUAUCGAGUUCAGAAGAUGAUUAUGGCUGAGCUUGGAAGCAGCAAGUUUGAGCUCCAAUCCCACAGCAAUGCAACUUCAAGAAAGCUGAAUUCUGUUACAAGCACAGCAGAUUGGAUCAGUUUAUCUACCUCAGAGACUUGCCAUGCUUCUUGUGUUAGUGAUGCACAUCAGUUCACAGAUCACAUUAAUUCUGAUUGCAGAUACAUGCUUCCAUCUGGUAACUGGUCAGGUCGGAGUGCAAAGGAACUGAUGAUCUGCUAUGAAGAUCCUCGUAGAGUGAGCAAAGGUCUCGAUCUUGAACAGCCUGCUGAAGAAUUUACUUUCACAGAAGCAUGGACCAUCCAAGAUCAAGCUCUCAUGUUUAAGAAACAGCUGAAGGAUAACAGCAGCAAGCUUAAAUGCCCACAUAACUCAUGGCUUGAUGAUGAGAGUGAGAUUCAGUUGACAUUAGGCAUUGCCUGUGGAACAGAUAAGAGGCCAUCAGAUUUUUCUGCAUCCAAAUUCUGAUUCAGGGUGGCUGCUCAAAGCCAGAGAUUUCAUGCAACAUCAGGAAUCUGCAGAUUUCUUUUGUAGAGAAUUACCUGAGUGAAAAACUUUGGUACCAUCUUUGCAAAAACUCGAGCUCAAAACUUCUUGAAACUAAGUUGGGGAAUCAAUGACUAGGCCAAUGGAAGAGUCUGAUUAUGAGGCCGAGAUCUGAUCCACAGAGAAACUUGCAGAAUUUUCAAUGGCUCUCUGAUCUUUUUUCUGAUUGGCAUCUGGUCUUGUUCCAGCCUUUCAUGCAUCUGGUCUUUGUGAUUGGCAUUCCAAGAGUUCAGCUGGGUUCAACACUUGCUCUGGUGCAGGCUGCUGAUCGAGAUGUCAGUUAAUUGGAGGAAUGAGAGAAUUUGACAUUGAACCUCACAUUAUUUAUUGAUCAGGCUUCAAAAGCAACCUCUUCUCUUCCUUGGUCUUGAGGUUGAAUUUUUCUUGGCCAGGACUUGCUGGUCUCAACAAAAAUAUUAGUACAAAUUAUUUAUAUUGUAAAAGAAAAUGGAUAUGAAUAACUUCUCAUACCA